AUGAUCUCCACAAGGCUUGCGCGCGUGGGUGCGCUGCUCCUCGGGACCCGGGCCUUCGCUACCGUCGGUGAUUCCCCUCUUGACAAGAAGGUCGAGAUGACCAACUGGGAGAAGGGAAACUACAUCAACUACAAGAAGAUGUCUGAGAACCUGGACAUUGUCCGUCAACGUCUGCAGCGCCCUCUCACAUAUGCCGAGAAGAUUCUGUACUCUCACCUUGAUGAUCCUCAUGGCCAGGAGAUCGAGCGUGGCAAGUCCUACCUGAAGCUCCGCCCCGACCGUGUUGCUUGCCAGGACGCCACUGCCCAGAUGGCUAUUCUGCAGUUCAUGUCGGCCGGUAUGCCGUCUGUCGCUACUCCUACCACCGUCCACUGCGACCACUUGAUUGAGGCCCAGGUUGGAGGUGACAAAGAUCUUGCUCGUGCCAACGAGAUCAACAAGGAGGUCUAUGACUUCCUUGCCUCUUCCACCGCCAAGUACAACAUUGGUUUCUGGAAGCCCGGCUCCGGUAUCAUUCACCAGAUCGUCCUUGAGAACUACGCUUUCCCUGGUGGUCUGAUGAUCGGUACUGACUCUCACACUCCCAAUGCUGGUGGUCUCGCCAUGGCUGCCAUUGGUGUUGGUGGUGCUGAUGCCGUCGAUGUCAUGGCUGGUCUUCCUUGGGAGUUGAAGGCUCCUAAGGUCAUCGGUGUCAAGCUCACCGGUGAGAUGUCCGGCUGGACCACCCCCAAGGAUAUCAUCCUGAAGGUCGCUGGUCUUCUUACCGUCAAGGGUGGUACUGGUGCCAUCAUUGAGUACCACGGACCCGGUGUCAACUCCCUCUCUUGCACUGGUAUGGGUACCAUCUGCAACAUGGGUGCUGAAAUCGGUGCCACCACCUCCCUCUUCCCCUUCAACGAUCGUAUGUACGAUUACCUGAAGGCCACCAAGCGUCAGCAGAUUGGCGACUUCUCCCGCGCUUACGCCAAGGAGCUGCGCGAGGAUGAGGGUGCUGAGUACGACCAGCUGGUCGAGAUCAACCUCUCUGAGCUCGAGCCCCACAUCAACGGUCCCUUCACUCCUGAUCUUGCUACUCCCAUCUCUAAGUUCAAGGAGGCCGUCGAGACCAACAAGUGGCCCGAAGAGCUCAAGGUCGGUCUCAUCGGCUCUUGCACCAACUCUUCGUACGAGGACAUGUCCCGUGCCGCCUCCAUUGCCCGUGAUGCCCUUGAUCACGGCAUCAAAGCCAAGUCUCUCUUCACCGUUACCCCCGGUUCCGAGCAGAUCCGUGCUACCAUUGAGCGCGACGGUCAGCUCCAGACCCUUGAGGAGUUCGGUGGUGUGAUCCUUGCCAACGCCUGCGGUCCUUGCAUUGGACAGUGGGAUCGCAAGGAUGUCAAGAAGGGCGAGGCUAACUCCAUCAUCUCUUCUUACAACCGUAACUUCACUGGUCGUAACGAUGCCAACCCUGCCACCCACGCCUUCGUUGCCUCCCCCGAUCUGGUCGUCGCCAUGACCGUUGCCGGUACCCUCAAGUUCAACCCCCUCACUGAUAAGCUGAAGGACAAGGAUGGCAAUGAGUUCCUGCUCAAGGCUCCCUCCGGCGAGGGUCUUCCCGCCAACGGCUACGACCCCGGCCGUGACACCUACCAGGCUCCUCCCGCCGACCGUGCCUCGGUCAAUGUCGCUGUCUCCCCUACCAGUGACCGUCUGCAGCUCCUUGCUGGAUUCGAGGCCUGGGAUGGCAAGGAUGCCAACGGCAUCCCCAUCCUCAUCAAGUGCCAGGGCAAGACCACCACCGAUCACAUCUCCAUGGCUGGCCCAUGGCUCAAGUACCGUGGUCACCUUGACAACAUCUCCAACAACAUGUUGAUUGGUGCUAUCAACGAGGAGAACGGCAAGGCCAACUCCGUCAAGAACAAGUUCACUGGCGAGUACGAUGCUGUCCCUGCUACUGCCCGUGACUACAAGGCCCGUGGCGUCAAGUGGGUUGUCAUUGGUGACUGGAACUACGGUGAGGGCAGCUCUCGUGAGCACGCCGCUCUGGAGCCCCGCCACCUUGGUGGUCUCGCCAUCAUCACCCGCUCCUUCGCUCGUAUUCACGAGACCAACCUGAAGAAGCAGGGUAUGCUUCCCCUGACCUUCGCUGAGCCCGCCGACUACGAUAGAAUCAAGCCCGAGGACACUGUUGACCUGCUCUGCACUGAGCUCGAGGUUGGCAAGCCCAUGACCCUCCGUGUUCACCCCAAGGACGGCAGCGCUGCCUUCGACAUUACCCUGAACCACACCUUCAACGAGUCCCAGAUUGAAUGGUUCAAGGAUGGUUCUGCCCUGAACACCAUGGCCCGCAAGGCUGGCAACUAA